CCUGGGAAGAGCACAUAUGUUAUAGAGCCUACCUUUGAUUAGUAGCAUUACGUUAGCUUUAGGAUUAGUUGUUUACGGCUCUCUUUCAUUUCAUAAGAGUAGCAUCCGAAGACUUACAUCUCCCAACAUUGACUGGUAAAUAGAUGUCUGAGGUUGGUGUUAAUCGUAUGAGAUUUGAUUUCUAGGGAUUCAAAGUUGGAUUUUAUGAGUUUCCACGAAAGCACAGUUAAAAUUUCGGUACGAUGUACUAAUAGUAAUGGAAGAAGAGCAAGUCAAAACUGCAAGGGCCACAAAAAUUUAAUGACAAUAUUAGGAUUGAUUACAAACAGCAACUCGUGUUUUUGAAACUUGUUGCAUUUAGAGAGAGGAUAGGUUUGGUUGUUUGACAGUUGACUUGGUUAUGUAAUUUUAUGUCAGUACUAGUACUUGGUUACUUACUGUAGUGAAAGUCAAUUUCUCAAAACUUUGGAAAAAUGUCAAAGCUGGGCAGGAGAUGCAGGGUUCAAUUAAAAGGAAGGGAAAAGGGUGAUCCCAGACUGCCGCCCGCAAGUGCAGACAUGAGUGUGCGUGGAGGGGUGAGUGUUGUUGUGUCACAUGUACACUGGUUUCAACGUGCACUUACGAGACAGUGGAGGCUGCCUUUCUUUUGUGGCUUUAGCCUUUAGCCACAGCAGCUCGAAUUACCUGAUCAGAAAUGAGCUCAUGGAGUGACCUGAAACUCUGAAAAUACUUCUACUGAAUACCGAAAUUAAAGCACGUUUCAACUCCUCCGUAUAUAACCUAUUUUGAUACGUUAAAAGUUAUCAUAAGUCUCUAUGCUACUAGAUUUUUAUUGCAGCUUUUUUUAAAAAAAAUAUAAGAGCAAAACUCGAUAACACUUUUGAUACGAUAUCACGUUAGAAGAAAAUCCUUUAGAAGUCAUAGUGAAACCGUCAUUCCGCCAGUUCCAGUAGGGAUAGGGAUAGAGAUAGGGCUAGGAACAGUGAGAGCGAGAGCGCGCACAUAUAACAUGCAAACAAACAAAGACUAUAAUAGUAAGUUGAAAAUUUUGGUUGUCAGUAGUGAGUAGGAUGUUUAGUGGAGCCAAGUUAUGAGAGUGAAAUUCGAUUCUUGGACUGCAUUUGCCAACAAGUCAAAGUCUACUCUUUUUGAAAAAGCUUGAUUAUCUUUGUUUAUUACGGAGUAUUAUUAUUAGUUUAUACCGAAUAAAAUGUUGAUUAUAAAUGCUCCAUAAUUGAGCAAACACUUGUUUCCUAACUUGAAAACCUCUGGGUAUUUUUUCUUGCUAAAAAUAAGCAAAAAUGGGGCUAAAAGUGCUAUCAGCUCUAGACACAGCAAAAACACAAUAUUACCACUUUAAAGCCAUAAUAAUAGCUGGGAUGGGCCUCUUCUCCGACGCUUAUGACCUGUUCUGCAUUCCUCCAGUUACCAUCCUCCUCGGCCACGUCUACUACUCCGACCAUAACCCGAGUACUGAAUUCCCAGCAGUUGUUAUCUCAGCAAUGGUUGCUGUUGCCCUUAUUGGAACUGCCCUUGGUCAGGUUGUCUUUGGCUUCCUUGGGGAUCGGGUGGGCCGUAGAAAGGUCUAUGGCUUGGCCCUAGCCCUCAUGGUGUUUUCCUCAUUUGGGUGUGGUUUCUCUAUUUGUACUUCUAGGACGUGUGUCCUCCUUAGCUUGGCCUUCUUUAGGUUCCUCCUUGGUGUUGGCAUUGGUGGGGACUAUCCUUUGUCGGCCACAAUCAUGUCUGAGUUUGCUAAUAAGCGCACUCGUGGGGCAUUUAUUGCCGCCGUCUUCUCCAUGCAGGGGCUUGGGAUAUUGUUUAGCUCUAUGGUAACUUUGACUGUCUGUGCUAUCUUUGACCGGGCUACUAAAGCCUCCAAAGAUCAUAAAAGGCAUAUCAUGGCAGCUGAUUUGGCGUGGCGGAUCAUACUUAUGCUUGGGGCUGUCCCCGCUGCCAUCACUUUCUAUUGGCGUAUGAAGAUGCCUGAAACUGCCAGGUACACAGCUUUGGUGGAGCACAAUGUGGUACAAGCAGCAAAAGAUAUGGGGAAGGUCAUGGAUGUUAACAUGAACCAAGUAUUGGAUGAUGCUUUGUCAACGCCUCCGGCACCACCUCCCUCUACUUACCCUCUUUUCUCGAAACAAUUCCUCCACCGCCAUGGCCAACACCUCUUCUCCUGUGCUGCAACUUGGUUCCUAGUCGAUGUUGUCUUCUACAGCAGCAAUCUCUUUCAGUCUCACAUAUACAAGUCUUUUCUUCCGUCUAAUUCUGAAAUAAAGGUGAAUGCAUUUCAACAUGCUUACCAAGUAGCCAGACUCCAGGCAAUCAUGGCUGUAUGCUCGACAAUCCCUGGAUACUGGUUUACUGUCAUUUUUAUUGAUCGUAUGGGAAGAAGGAAAAUCCAAAUGGUGGGUUUUGUUCUCAUGGCUGCUUCUUUAUUCGCCAUAGGAGUGCCUUAUGAUUACUUGAAUCGUAAGAAACUAAAAAUAGGGUUCAUGGUCCUUUACGGGUGUACAUUCUUCUUCUCCAAUUUCGGCCCAAAUACCACCACUUUCACAGUUCCUGCUGAGCUUUUUCCUGCAAGGUUUAGGGCAACAUGCCAUGGGAUCUCGGGAGCUGUUGGUAAGUUAGGGGCCAUUAUUGGGUCAAUCGCGUUUUUGUGGGGGACUCAUGAUAAGAAAGAGGAUGGUUACAAGAAAGCAAUUGGAAUGACUGGUUCUUUGAUCAUUUUGGGUGUGAUUUCCCUUGUUGGAGCUGUUGUGACUUAUUUCUUUACCCCAGAGACGAAAGGAAGGUCGUUGGAAGAGAACGAGGGAGAGACUACACCCAAUGAGAACAACGAAGCUAAUGUACUUCCUGCUUAAGUGUCUGAUUUCAGGUUAGAGUUGCAUAGUUUUUC